CAUCAUAAUGUAUUUUGUUAUUUCUCUGUAGCUUUAGAUUAAGCAGUAGGCAUAACUUUUGUAUUUUGCUGCUUUUGGAAUUGAGUAAAAAAUGUCUGCUGGUUCAAAUAUUUUCGGACGUAUUCGGGCUAGUUCGAGAAUUGGGCCGGAUUAUGAUCAAGAGGGCCAUCUAGUGGAAGUAGAAACUCGAGAUGACGAACUUCAACAACAACGAUUUGCUGAAAUCAUUGAUCUGCUUGUCGCAGCAGGAUAUUUCAGAGCGAGGAUAAAAGGUCUUUCACCAUUUGAUAAGGUCGUUGGCGGGAUGACCUGGUGUAUUUCCAUCUGCAAUUUUGAUGUCGAUGUUGAUCUUCUGUUCCAAGAGAAUUCUACAAUUGGGCAAAAAAUAUCGCUCACAGAAAAAAUUGUUGCUGUUCUCCCGAAAAUGAAAUGUUCACAUAGGAUUGAACCCCAUCAAGUUCAAGGUCUGGACUUCAAAAGUAUUUUCCCAGUCAUACAAUGGCUGGUUAAAAAGGUAGUUGAGACCCGUGCCGAGAUGGGGGAUCAUAUUCGAGCGUUUAGUAUCUCGCAGUUUGAUAAACAUCAGAAAGCAUCACUAGGUGGUGAUGAAGAGCAACAAGAAAUAAAGACAAAAGAAUCGUUAAAUUCAUUGGGUGCAGCUUAUAGGCCGUCAAGAAAAUAUAAACGUCAGGAUAAAAGUGAUUUGAAAACGGAAGAAUCAAAAGUUUCAUCAACAUUGUUAGAGUAUGGUAAAAGAUCUGGACUGAUGAAAAGCAUGAAAACAGAUGAAGAACUGAAAGAAGGGAAACAAGAACAGACUGGAAAGAAGAAACAGACUGGAGAUCUACAGGAGGAGAUAAGUGCUGCUUUCUCUAAGGUAACGGUGAAAGAUUCUUCAUCACUGGAAGUUGAUGAGGAAGAAGAAAUCAGGAUUCAGGAAGAGAAGAAACUGAGACAACUGAUGGGAGGAAUGAGUGAAAUAAAAGGUCGAGAUGUUGAAGGAAAAUUGUCAGCUCGUGCAGUUGGUUCGAUUAUUGGAAUGCAAUCGGAAGAAAUGCAGAAUAUUGCCGCUGAAUACGCGGAAAAACGAGCUGAAUUAGCAAGAAGAGUGAAAACCGAAAAAGUGGAAGUCAUGACACCAUUAGAAAAACAUGAAAAGAAAGCAUCAAUGCUUCGAACCAAGAUUGAGGAAAGUCGGCAACGAAUUUCAGAAGUUGAGGAAAUUCAUACUAAGUUAGCAGAAGAGGCUCGAACAGCAAAAGAAGAGCUCUCUACUGCUUCCGACUUUAAAGAGCGUCUUGCGGAGAAAAUGCAUGAAUUUGAUGAGAUGGAAUCGCAGGCUGAUACUGAAGUUUUGCAAAGAAUUAAAGAUUUGAUUAUUUUGAAUGAAAAAUUGAAGAAACAAGAGCAGGACUUCAAGGAAAAAUGCAGGGAUGAAGCAGCCAAACUCAAAGAAGACAUUGCAAAAUUGGAAAAGGGACUUGAGUCUGAUGAUGUUCAGGAAGAUGAAAACCUAGAAAUGGUUGAAAAACAGCUGAAUGCGGACAACGAAAAGUUGUCAAAGAUUCGCUCCGUUCUUGCUGCAAAGAAUCGUAAAGUAGCGAUGUUAACUCGGAAAAUUGACGAAAUUCCUACGAGAGCUGAGUUAACUCAAUAUCAGAAGAGAUUUGUAGAGUUGUAUAAUCAGAUUGCAGCCACCCAGCUCGAAACGAAGCAGUUUUAUACGAUGUACAACACUUUAGAUGAUAAGAAAUUAUAUUUGAAGAAGCAAGUUGAUUUGUUGGAUUCAAUUUACGAUAAUUUUGAUGCAGCGAGAUCCUCCCCGGAGAAUAUGACGCAAUAUAUGAGACAGUUUGAGAAGAUCGUCGAGGGAGUGAAAUCUAAUAAAAUGAAGGUUGAAAAGAAACGAGAGGCCGAGAAAAUGCACCGAGAUAAAUUAAAAGAUCAAUAUCUAGAAUUGAUUGAGCAACAGAGAUUGUACGUGAAAACAAUUCAUGCAUUCCAAGAGGAAUGUCGAAAAAAUGAAAUUUUGGUCGAAAAAUUGCAAAGUCUGGGAUUGGAUGUUUAAUUUUGGAUAUUUUUGUAAUAAUAUAUAAAUUUAUAUGAUUCUUGACAAUAUUUUUCAUAUGUUUAAUAUAGCGGGGAAAAUUAAAAAAAAAUUGCCAUUUUUCUGAUGAACUAAUGACUGUAUUUUUACACGCUGAUGAUAAGAUUCAUUUGUUGACUUUUUCGGAGCUCCCAAAGUAUGUGCACCAAGAUGGCGCACAACCUGAACAUAGUAUGUGUACCAGGUUGAGGUUCAGGUUGUGCGCCAUCUUGGUUCACACAAUUCGGGAGCACUACUUUUUUCACUUAGGGAUGUUCAAUGUACCAUUGGUUUGCUACUCUGCAAUAUUUUUGUGAAUCCAAUUUUGAUUCCGAAUAUGCUUCAUGAAUUUUUAUAAUUUUCUAUAUCCUGUUUGACAAACUUUAUGAUAAAAGCAGUAAUUUAGAUUCAGGUAUGCAAAUUCCUGACGUAGUUUAAGUUGGUUCAUAUUUUUCAAUUUAAAGUGAAGUAAAAGUGUAGUGAAAUGUCCUUUAAAUAUUCAUAUUGAGAGUUCAAUAAUCCUCCAGCUUUUAGCAUUUCCUUGGUCGUCUGUGACUUUGCUCAGCGGACUGCGCGUUACCUUGCUUGGAGAAUAUUCUCAUAUUUGGAUAAUAUUAUUACUUUAGUCUGAUUCCCCCCCUUGUUUUGUGAUUCUAUCAUGUGCAAUAAAGUUAAUGUAACCAUA